AUGUCUACUCUGAGUACUAGACUUUACAUCGACGGGCUUCUGGAUGAAAUACAACGGCUCAAGAGUCAGGUCGCCCGGCACACCUCGUGCUCCACCUCUGCGCAAGACCAUGUCGUCACUCAGGGCAGCCGCGCUGGCAACAGAGCAAUGACGCCGUUGUCUGGCCGGGGUAAUGAUGGCGAAGAGGCGGCGGCGAGUGCGGCUCUCGAAGUGAAGCCGUGGUUCAUCAACGCAAAUGUCUUCCGCACGCCGAUCCUGAUAGGAGAGGUCGCCGACCCCGCAUUCUCAACCCGCAUCCGCCAGGUCAUCUCCGACCCCUUUUCUCUCCAGCCCCGGCACAUGCUCCGGGUCAACUACGCGCCAGACACGGAGCUAAUGUCCCUCGUCAAGUCCGACAUCUCCUGGCCGACCCCGUCGAGGUCCCGCUUCCUCGUCGAGGUCGCGCUCAAGUACGUGAGCCAUCGCUAUCACGUCGUGCGCCGGAGUCUGGUCAUGGAAAACCUGGAGCAGAGCAUCCACAACCCUUCGUGGGGCCAUCUCAUGCUCAGGUCCAAGCUGUGGGCGCUGUUCGCCAUAGGGGAGCUCUACUCGACGCGGUCCAUCCCCUCCGAGAAGGAGUUUCCCGGCAUGGCCUAUUUCGCCAAGGCGUCCAGGAUCCUCGGUGUGCUCGAUGAGCGUCCCGGGACGGAUUCCAUUGAGAUUAUACUCCUGCUAUCCUUCUACUCCCUGGCCCUGAACCGGCGGUACAGCGCCUUCGUCAUGUCCGGCACGGCGAUGCGCAUGGCCAUCGUCAUGGGGUUGCACCUCAACAUCCCGGAGUCUCAGCUUCGCGACCCGGACCUCCGCGAACAUCGCAAGCGCCUGUUCUGGACGACGUACAUCUUCGACCGCGUCUGGGCGUCCAAACUGGGGCAUCCGACCGCCAUACAGGACAGCGACAUAGGCAUAGACUUGCCGUCGGAGCCUGUUGCGAGCCAAACUUUCGGUGACGAUUUCGGCGACACGGCCUAUCAUAUCGCCAGUCUGCGUCUGGCAGCGCUCGUGACAAAGACCGUUCGCUCGAUAUAUGGCCAACGCAACCAGGGAGACGCUACCCUCUCGACCAGGGUACAGCAGGCCCUGAAAGACCUCCGUACAUGGGUGGAAGACCUGCCGAGCCACCUGCGAAUCGACAACGCGGGCACGGAACCGACAUGCAUCUCUCUUCACCUCUCUUUUAACCAGUGCGCAAUACUGGCAACGCGUCCGAUACUGCUCCACAUCCUCCGCACAAAGGUGGCCGCGUGGCCGUCCGAGUCCCCGGUGACGGAGACGCAGGUGCCGGCGAGCGCAGUCACCCUGUCCGAGGCCUGCAUCCGCUGCGCGCGGCACUCGGUGCGCCUCCUCACGGACUCGUGGAUCGACGGGUCCUUCGCCACCUUUGACUACUUCUACACGCAGUACCUCUUCUCCGCCCUCACCGUCCUCGCCGCCUCGAGCCUGCUCGACGGCCCGGACGCCCGCGGCGACAGGGACGCCUUCGAGGAGUCGGCGCGCUUUCUCUCGCAGCUCGGGGACGCCGGCAACUUCGCCGCCCAGGAGUACUGCCACCACGCCGACGUGCUGCGCGCCGAGAUCGAGAGGUUCCACGCGAAACGCAUGGGCCCGCCCGAGGGGGGGCCGGGUGUCGGGCUCGGCCUCGGCACGGUGCCUCCGCAGUCCGGCCCGGCGAUCCCCGCGCACGCGACGGCGGGCAUGGCGCUGACGGAGCCGUCGCUGGAGGAGCUCCUGGCGCAGCCGGUCCUGGACCUGCAGUUCUUGGAGGCCUCCUUCUACGACGACCUGCAGGGGCUGUAUUGGCCCGAUUUCAGCACGGAGAACUGGGACACUUGGGCUUCGACAUGA